AUAAGGUGGGAGGUGUGUGCCGGCCGUCAGUCGCCCGCGUGUCGUCGUCAGGGGAGGUGUACGCUGUCUUGUGUCAUAGUUUACUCACGCACGCACGUCUUUCGUCUCUCGCUUACCGACUGUCAAUAUGAUGUGCAAGGUGUUACUUUUGGCUUUCGUGGGUGUUGCGUGUGCUGCCUCCGUGGAGAAGCGCCAAGGAGCCCCCGUAGCCCAGGCGAGAGACGGCGCUCACGGACACUCAGGGCAUGGCGGUGGUUCCUCCUACGCCGCUCCUGCUCCCUCCUCCUACGACGAGGGCGGCUCCCAGGGCAACCUCUACUACUACUACUACCCCGUGUCAGAGUACGGUUCCGCUGAGGUUGCUGAGGGAGGGUUCGAUGUGUUCGCCGCUGUGAUCCUACCUCUGCUGAUCAUCGGUGGUAUUCUUCUGAUCCUGUCCUCGCUCACCUUCACGCUUACCAACGGCAGAGCGAUGUCAGAUGAGCCCCGCGAGGCCUCCAUUGUGGAUGAGCUGCAUGACGAGAUCGAGCGCGUGUUCUACCUCUACCUGAACGCCUUUGAGAGCGAGCAGUGCAUCCAGAGAACCAUCUGUCAGCUCGGGACCUACGCCAAGGACUUCAAGGGCAAGAACUUCGUCCUCAGCCUGGUGGAGACCCUGGCGCCUGAGGGAAUGAAGAACAACGUGGCCAUCUUUGCGAAGGCCGCCAAGUCCGGUUAUGACACCGGCAAAUGCAAGCAGUUCAGAUGCGUCGCCCCGAAGCUCCUGGACAACUGAGCCUCCCCGUGACUAACCUGACUGACCCGACGAGCUACCUUGACUGCGUAACCCGACAGCGGACUGAGCUAUUACUGACACGGACCGACUUGUUGCUUGUUGAUUUUUCGGCGUUCAAAGAAAAGAAAUAAAAGAAAAUGAGUUAGGAAGUAUUUUUUUUUAUUUUAGAGGAGUUAAGUAUAUAUUCAUACAGAAGGACGCUCACGUGAUGUAAUGAGGCUUUAUUGUUGCUGUGAGUGUUCGUGUCUGUGUGUGUGGUGUACGAAUGAUUGGCUUUCGUUGUGUCGUGUGUUCCUUUAUUAGUUGAUGGAGGUUGUCGUGUUUUGAGUUCCCCGCUGUCUCCCUUCACUGCUGGUCAGUCCUAGGUGAGCAGUGACAUGAAGUACGUCAUUUAUUUAAUGACCUUGUAAUCUCACUUUUAAUUUAAAUACCUUGAUUUAAAUACCUAUCCACGCAUCCUUCAAAUCCCCUCCUACCCAGACAUCAGUGAUUUAAAUGUCGUAUCCUACACUUACUUUAAUUUAUUUACCUUACCGUAUCCCAAAUAUCCAUUAAAACGCCUUAUCCCUUAUCUUGUAUCCUCCUACUCACUCAUAUAGUUUAGGUAUCGCAUCCCAUCCAUACAGUCUUCCUUAAUUCAGAUGUCUGACACUCACUCAUUCCCUCUAACUGUUUUGUAUAUUUCUAUGAAUAGUAUUUAUUUAUUUUUAUCUUGCUGUCGUGUGUCGGAGUGACCGAUCCGGGAUAAAAGAGUUGAUAAUGCUGAUGACUUUUUUUUUUUUACAAUUCUCAGGGUUAUUUUUUGUUGUUAUUUCCUUUUUACAUUUUUCGAUGUUGCUACCAUUUGAAAAUUUGUAGUUGUUGUUAUGUUGCACUAAAAGAGAGUUUGUAAUCAAUCUGGCGUCUUAUUGUUUCGUUUGUCAGUUUGUUUGUUUGUUUGGUCUUGGUCAUUUGUUUUAUUUAGCUCGAGUUCCUCUUUGAAUCGGACGCAGCAGCUGCAGGCCCACAAACAUUCUUCUGUUCCCUUCAAGUUCUGCCUUCAGUGCCAUGUUCUUUCUGUCCUGAAAAGAAAAAUAGAAGAAUCA